AUGCGUAACGCACUUACUAUCUUGGUUUUAACCUCACUGGUGAUCAGCCUGAAUGUGCAAGGCUCGUUUCUCGAGUUGGAUGAUCUCCGUGAUAUGAUCACCGAUCAAGCGAUCAGAAACGAUUUGCGACGUCUCGAACGCGACAGAAGCGACCCGCGAAGCGCAGUGAAGGAUGAAGUGGAGAAAUUGCUUCAAAAACUCCCCAAGGACGUCCAGGAUGCUUACAACAAAUUGGUUGCUGCUGAAGAGGCUAAAGACGAAGCUGAAUAUCAAGUCAAGCUCUUGGGAAUGAAAAAUCGAGAUUUCCAAAUGUCGCACAACAUUCAAAUGUCGUACCCAACAUAUGAAUGUCGCACCGGACACAAAUGUCGCACCAGAUCAAAUGUCGUACCCAGCACAGAAAUGUCGCACCAGACAAAAAUGUCGCACCCGACAUCCAAAUGUCGCACCAGACCAAAUGUCGUACCAGCACAGAAAUGUCGCACCAGACAAAAAUGUCGCACCGGGCCAAAUGUCGUACCAGCACAGAAAUGUCGCACCACACAUAAAUGUCGCAUCGGACAAAAAUGUCGCAUCCGACAUUUCGCCAAAAUAAUGUUAGACUGCCAGACGCUAGAGACUCGUUAG